AUGAAGAAAGAGGUACCCUUCGAGUGGGAUGAAUCGUGUAGGAAUGCUUUUACAAGCAUCAAGGCGUAUCUCAUGAAUCCCCCAAUGCUGGCUGCGCCCAUUCCAGGAAAACCAUUGAUUCUCUAUAUUUCCGCUCAAGAACGGUCGGUUGGGGCCUUACUUGCUCAAGAAAAUGAUGAAGGUAAGGAGAAUGCACUGUAUUACUUGAGCCGGAUGAUGACAUCUAAUGAGUUGAACUACUCACCCAUCAAGAAGUUGUGUUUGGCACUUAUAUUUGUCAUUCAGAAGUUGAAACAUUACUUUCAAGCACACACUAUUCGACUCAUAUCUAAGUCUAAUCCCAUUAAAUAUGUCAUGGCAAAACCUGUACUGUCUGAUCGACUCGCCAGAUGGUACCUCCAGUUUCAACAGUUUGAAAUUAUUUACUUACCUGCGAAGGCUGUCAAAGGACAAAUAUUGGCAGACUUUUUAGCCGAUCAUCCCCUACCUGCCGAGUGGGAGUUGACUGAUGAACUUCCCGAUGAAGAAGUGUUUAUGGUCGAAUCGUCGUGGUCAAUGUAUUUCGAUGGAGCUGCUCACCGUGAUGGAGCUGGUGCGGGAGUUGUCUUUUAUACUCCUGAAGCAGAUAUAUUGCCAUACUCUUUCACUUUAACACGCCGGUGUUCCAACAAUGUGGCUGAAUAUCAGGCGUUGAUUCUCGGUCUUGAAACGGCUGUAGACAUGAAGCAGUUGCAUCUUAGAGUCUAUGGUGCUUCAAAAUUGGUGGUAAAUCAACUUCUUGGUGUUUAUGAUAUCAAGAAACCCGAAUUGGUCCCAUAUUAUAAGUAUGCAAGACAACUCAUGGGAUAUUUAGGCAAUGUUACUAUAGAACAUAUCCCUAGAAAUUUCAACCAACAAGCUGACUCUUUGGCAAGGGUGGCGUCCAUGAUCACUCUACCUUCUCAUCGAAAUCAAAUUUCAGUAUGCCAAAAUUGGGUCAUACCUCCGAUGUUUGAUGAAGAAGAUGAUGGUGAGGAAGAAAAUACUUAUCAUAUUUUUGUCCAUAAGAUCGAAAAGGAGGAUUGGCGUCAUCUCAUAGUAGAUUACCUUAAUCAUGGGAAGUUACCAGAAGAUCCCAAGAAAAGGGUUGAUAUACGUCGUCGAGCGCCACGUUUCAUUUACAACAAAGGGACGCUUUACCGAAGAUCAUUCGAUGGGGUGUUUCUACGAUGUCUUGAGGAAGAUGAGGCCAUGCAAGCAAUAGAAGAGGCUCACUCUGGGAUAUGUGGUGCUCACCAAUCUGGCCCAAAAUUACACUUUCGCAUUAAAAGAAUGGGAUACUACUGGCCAACAAUGGUGAAGGACUGUAUCGAUUUUGCUAGAAGAUGUCAAGCUUGUCAAUUCCAUGGCAAUUUCAUCCGUCAACCUCCUGAACCAUUGCAUCCAACUGUAGCUUCUUGGCCGUUCGAUGCUUGGGGUUUGGAUAUAGUUGGACCGCUUCCAAAAUCUUCCGGAGGACACAUUUUUAUUUUGGCAGCGACGGAUUAUUUCUCAAAGUGGGCCGAAGCGGUUCCUCUAAGAGAGGUCAAAAAGGAGAAUGUAGUGGAUUUUAUCCGUUCGCACAUCAUUUAUAGAUAUGGGGUCCCGCGUUAUAUCAUCACCGAUAAUGUUCUUCCACUUGAGUGUCAAAUACCUUCGCUAAGAAUUGCAAUUCAAGAAGGGUUCAGUGGAGAAGAUAAUGUUCGUCUUCGCCUUGAGGAAUUAGAAGCACUCGACGAAAAGAGAUUGGAAACUCAGCAGCGGAUUGAGUGCUAUCAGGCUCGACUUUCAAAGGCAUUCAAUAAGCACGUCCGACCGCGCUCUUUCCAGAUUGGAGAGUUAGUACUCGCCGUUCGGAGACCGAUCAUUCUCACUCAUGGGGGACAAAGAAAGUUUACUCCUAAACGGGAUGGUCCAUAUGUUAUUCGAGAAGUGUAUACAAAUGGCUCAUACAAGUUGGUUGCGGAGGAUGGAUUAAGGGUUGGCCCCAUCAAUGGCAAGUACCUAAAAAGGUACUAUGCAUAA